AUGUGGUACUUGGCGUAUUUCAUGCAUCGCCACCUCGACUUCCGCCUCGACGAGCUGCAGUCGCUCGCCGUCCUCGCUGGCGUGCAGCCGCCAGCUCAGCCCGCCGCGCCACGUCACGAUGACGUGGAAUUGCAGCCGCCUGCCGGCUCGGCUUUAUCUGAGGGAGAGCGGGGCGGAGAGAAGCGGAACGAAGGGGAUCGGGUGGUCGAGGGAGUGAGGGGAGACGAAGGCAGCGAGGAGACGAGGCGGGGAGAAGGGGGCAGUGAGAUGGAAGGAGGAGAGGAGUAUGAGAUAUCAGGGGGAGGCGGGAGUGAAUGGGAGCCAGUAAGAUGGAGGAAGCCACGUGGCGAUCACAUGGACUCGCCGUUCUUCUACGUGGAUCUGCCGUCUGAUGACGUGGCGAGGCAAAUGGCCGCUAGAAGCUUGCUUAUAAAGGGGAUAUUCGACAUAUGGGCAGAGGCCCCGACCUACGAGGCACUAAAGCCGCAGGUUGAGGCGAACAUCACCACCAAGAUCGCGCCAUUCACAGCCCCCGGGUCCACGUUCAAGAUCGUGGUGGACGGCUUUGGGAAGAUUUUCUCCAUGGACGAGCAGCGGGAGCGCAUGGAGCGAUUCACAUACAUCCCCUUCCAGGUGAUAGAGCAGGCGGCAGACGGCACCAACAACACCCCCUCCACCCCACCCCCUCCUUCCGUCCCCCUGGCGGCUCUCGUUACCCUCACUUUAACCUACCUGCCCCAAUCAUACGUACGCUUGGCAGGGCCGAGUGAAGCUCAGCUCUCCCGACUACAAGUCAUAGAUGAUAGAGUAGGCAGCAGACUGCACCAACAACACUCCCCUCCCCCCAUCGACGUACCUCCGUCGCGCAACCUUCCUCCCCUCUCACCCUGCCCUCAUUAG